AUGGCAGAAGAUCUUCAAUUGGAAUUACAGUCUAGCAUCUAUGCCGCGGACUGGAGCUCACUCGAGCGAAUGGCCAAGUUCUUCAAAGUUGAAUAUGAGGGAAAAACAAAAUUGUUUGUGGCGAAACGUGUUGCUCUACGGCUCGAUGAUGAAAUUGAAAAACUGAAGGAAGCCGAAGUCGUGCCGUACCUCAAGGACGUAAAAGAAAUGCUGACAGAGAAACCCCAUGGCAUCAAGAACGAUGAAGAAGAUGGUAAGCCAGUUCUAAGUGAUUCAAAACCUCCUCCCGUAGCGAAGGAAGAUCCUGUUCAAAAACUACUAGCGACUAGCGCGUUACGUAGACAGUUUAAGAUCAGUGGUCAAAUCGGGGAACCCGAGCAGAAAGACAAAAUUAGUUUUUCUUCCCUUAUGCGUCAAAUUCAAAUGGGGUUG